CUCUAAUAUGGGAAUGAGAGACUCAGUGAGUGAGUGUGAGUGAGUGAGGGAGGCCUGUUAUAGCUUUGGAUUGGGAUGCUCCAGUUUUCUCUCUGGUUCUGUUUUGUUUGUGUGCGUUUCGUCGACGUUGCCAUUCGCAUAUAGAAAGUUCUUCCUUAUUUCUUUUUUCUAGCAUCAUUCGUUCGUGUUCACGUCCCUUUUUUUCUUUUUCAUUCCAGCCUGCAGUUGGUGUGUGCUGGUGGGAAUGCGAGUCCAGCGUCGUCGCCCUUGAGGGUGUUGGAGCCGACGGGCACGGAUUCGGGAGUAGCUGUGGUAUCCCGGAGGGGUGGGGUAGUAGUAAUAGUUCUGUGUGGAGAUUCGGUCGGGUUGGGAUUGGAAUUGUAAUUGGGGGGUGGUGUUGGGGAUUGAUCGAUUGUGAGCGGGGGCAUGGAGCGUAGCGUGGCAAUGGUGAUGGUGGAGUGUGCAGCGUCGCUGCCGUCGUCGUCCCUUGCCCUCCGUGCGCAUGUGCAGACGCGAAUUGCCUCCGUGGCGUCGACGUGGGCGUAUUUUCCGGUGCAGGAAACGGAGGGGAGCCGAGUGAGGGGAUUGCAAUGUGAUGAUGCGAUGCGUGGAGUGGGGGGAUGGAGGAGGGGGGGAGGCAGACGCAGAGAGGUGGUUAGGAUGGCGGUGGGGGGCGAGCCCGGGGCGGCUGCUGGUGGGAGCGGUGGAAGUGCUAGUUGGAAGGAGAGGGCAGUGAUUUUUGAGGAGAGCAAGAAAUUGCUGGCAAUGCAGAAGCAGCUGCUCGAUCAGAUUGAGGAAAGACAGAAAUUGUACUCAUCUCCAACUGUUGAUACAGACCAGCCUUCACCCAGUAUCGUAACCGAAUCAUCAAGUGAGCCACAGGCUGGUACCCCUGAGCCAUCUGUUGAAACUUCUGAGACUUUCACAAGCACACCGACUAUCCCCUCGUCAUCAGCAAGACCUUUGACAGCUGCUUGGCCUUCGCCGCCUCCUUCCAAAAGGUCUGUAGGGUCUGGCCGCGCUGUUGCGCAGGCAAAUUCUCCUGCACCGUCAGAUAGGGUUGAGACUUCUCCUAAAACUUCUCCUCCACCUUCGCCUCUGGCACAGAGUAAAAGAGAUUUUCACAGUGACCACAGUCGAGAAAGCACAGGUGGUAACAACUCAGAAGUGCUACAGCAGACUCGGACUGAUGCUGCAGCUCCUAGUGCUGCUGAAAAGCCUCCUCCUUUGGCUGGACCUAAUGUGAUGAACGUCAUUGUUGUUGCUGCCGAAUGUGCACCUUGGUCUAAAACAGGGGGUUUGGGAGAUGUUGUGGGAGCCCUUCCCAAGGCAUUGGCCAGACGAGGUCAUCGUGUGAUGGUUGUGGCACCUCGUUACAGUAAUUAUGCGGAGGCUUGGGAAACAGGUGUUCGCAGGAUUUACAACGUUGGUGGACAGGAUAUGGAGGUGGGGUAUUUCCACAGUUUCAUUGAUGGUGUUGAUUUUGUUUUUAUCGACAAUCCUAUUUUCCAUGCAUUUGCAAACAACAUAUAUGGCGGUUCUCGAGAGGAUGUGCUGACCCGGAUGAUUUUACUCUCCAAAGCUGCUGUCGAGACCCCAUGGCAUGUUCCUUGCGGUGGUGUAUGCUAUGGUGAUGGAAACUUAGUAUUUAUCGCCAACGAUUGGCACACAGCAUUGGUCCCAGUUUACCUGCAAGCAUAUUAUCGGGACAACGGUUACAUGGAUUUUACUCGAUCUGUGUUGGUCAUUCAUAACAUGGCUCAUCAGGGCCGAGGGCCAUUGGCCGAUUAUCACAGAUUGGGUUUACCUGGUCAUUACAUUGAUAAAUUUCGCCUUUUUGAUCCGCUCGGAGGGGAGCACAACAACAUUUUUAUGGCAGGUCUCAUAACAGCUCACCGCAUUGUGACUGUAAGUCAUGGCUAUGCAUGGGAAGUGCAGACACCGGAGGGAGGUUGGGGUUUAGAUGGAGUCCUCAGGGAUCACAAUUGGAAACUAAGGGGUGUUGUGAAUGGCAUUGAUGACAAAGAGUGGAACCCAGAGCUUGAUGUGCAUCUCAAGAGUGAUGGAUAUACCAAUUAUAACCUCCACUCUUUAGACACAGGUAAGGCGGCAUGCAAGGCUGCUUUACAAAGGGAGUUGGGCUUGCCGGUGCGGGCUGACGUCCCAUUGCUUGGAUUCAUAGGUCGCCUUGAUCACCAAAAGGGUAUUGACAUAAUAGGCCAAGCUAUGCCAUGGAUGAUGGACCAAGAUAUCCAACUGGUAAUGCUCGGCACUGGCCGGAAAGAUUAUGAAGACAUGUUGAGGCAUUUUGAAGGUUCUCAUCGAGACAAAGUUCGGGGAUGGGUUGGUUUUUCUGUGACCACUUCCCAUCGGAUUACCGCAGGUGUUGAUAUUUUGUUGAUGCCAUCUCGGUUUGAACCCUGUGGCUUGAACCAACUGUAUGCGAUGCGGUAUGGCACAGUGCCAGUAGUGCAUGCUGUUGGUGGCCUGAAAGAUACAGUGCAGUCGUUCAAUCCCUUCAACGAGUCAGGCCUAGGAUGGACUUUCGAAACACUACAUGUGGACGCUUUUAUCCAUGCCCUUGGGAAUGCAAUUUGGACCUACCGUGAUUUCAAGAGUAGUUGGAAGGGCAUCCAGCAACGAGGCAUGUCUCAGGACUUGAGCUGGGAUCAUGCUGCCCAGCAGUAUGAAGAAGUGCUUCUUGCAGCUAAGUACACUUGGUAGUCAACUCGAAGGACAGCUUUGUGUAUCACUCUUUUAGAUUAAUGUCCUCAAACAUCUCCCCCGCACGCUUCUUCUACUUCCUACCAGAUCGUAUUUUGACCAACAUGAACUUGUAGAAAGCUGUUGUGAAUAUGAACCAUCUUUACCAAGGACCACCUCAAAGCUGAGCCCGGAUUUGAGCUGGAUUGAUAACUUGUAGUUUGGUAUGGGUGCUUUUUGACCCAAUGAUACCUCGGCAUUAAUUUGAGGUCCUUCGAUGACUCCUCCUGCUUGAGUGACUUUGGUUGCCAAAGACCAUCCUCCAGUCGCUGCACUCGUGCCUCUUAGUUUUUCUCAGGACUGUUAAUGGAAAAGGGCCAAACUGAGCUCGUGAGACUGUACUGUUGUAUCGUUUUAUAUUGAUGCGCAAAAUUGAUAUUAGUGUAUACUUCGGCAAUCCCCUGCGAGGUGGCGGACAUAGCACUACCUCAGGAUUCUUGGUAACACACAAAAACCUGAUCUUUUAUGCUCUCUUUUAAUCAGUUUUUUUACAGGUUUCUGUGGCAUUUGACCCUGA